AGGAGUCUGCACAGAUCAUGGGUAGUAUUAAUAGUGAAGAGCAAAAUGUCGCUGUAUCCGGAUGGACAAAAUCCAAUUCACCGGAAUUAAUUGAAGAGGAGCGACUUUACACCGAACUUGACUCGGAAGGUCGGAUGAUAAGCAGGACUAUGACGCCAUAUGAGUGUCAGCUCGAAGGCGAAGUGGAGCAGUUGCAAGAGGCGCUUUUCAAAAUCUCGUCCCAUUAUGCCAAAGUUCAGUUCGGACUGCGGCAAAUAUCCUUGGCUUCAGGUUCCGAGAGGGAAAAUCUGUUAAAAGAUUUGGAGCGAUUAAUAGCAAAAGGACUAGAUGCGACUGGUCCCAUACGGGGCGAAAAAUUCUCCAUGCCAGCCAAACUUCGCGUGAAGCAAGACAAGAUUCUUUGCCAACUGCGUGGAAGUCUCGGAGACUUGGUCGGUGCAACUGGAGUUGGCUUUCACGCAAAUCAUUACCCGGCCACAAACAGAUCUCUUAAGAUUUAUACAGGUGCUUCCAAUAAGACUCCCCGCAGCAAAGGCGUCGGCCAGGAUUGUGGUAUAAGCCGAAGAUGCAUUGGUCAUGCAAAGGAAGAAAGCAAACCUGCCACUGGAUACAUGAAACGCACCUGUGGUGAUUUAAGUACGGAAAGCAAGAUACACCUUUACCAUACCAAGUCAGCCACUUAUUCGAAGAUUCGCGGUAAUAGUAAAACAACGGAAGAUGGAAAAACUCGUACAAACAAUAAUUAUUUGGAGCUGUUAAAGUCGAAUUUAAUUUAAAAAAGAUCAAUAACAGCGUGUAAUAUUCACACAUGAGAAGACAGCGAUUUUAAAAACUGAAAAGUUAAAUUUAUAUUUAUUACCAAAUAAAAAAUGCUUAAUACGU